AAAAAGUUUUUGUUGCAUACACCGACCGAUUAAUAAGUGAAACGCUUAGCGGAAACUAUGGUGCACUAUAAGGACUAUAAGUUUACGGUUGUUUUCAUGAUUGCUGUGCUUCAGAUGUGCUCAGCCAAUCCAAUUACUUCAGAUCCUAAUUCUGUUUCUACUUCAAACUAUAUGGAAGAUGCAGCAAAGCUCUUCACAGCCGAUCAAAUGCACCUUGCCAAAAAUGCUGGAGUAUCUGAACGAGGAUUAGUUGAAGGGAAUAAGUAUGGAUACACAUUUGAAGAAACAAUGAAAUUCCAUCAACUACUAAGCGUUGGUCCAAUGUCGCGAGAUUAUAUUACUUUCGAGUUUAUGACGAAAGUAUGUGAUAUCAUGGAUCUUGAACACAGAACCGCAUCAAGCUUUACAAGAGCUCAGGAAACGAAAUUGCGGGACUUAAUAUCAUCAAUGCAGUUUUUACUUGUACACGAUCAAGCUCCUUAUCUUCGAUCGACACUUUGUCGUUACGUUAGUCAACCCGAUUUACUUGAAUCGGAAGCAAAUUCAUUUGGCGCGGAUUUGGUUCCUUAUAUGGAACUUCAUUAUUUAAAAUUAACUGCUCAAGAAGGGUCAGACGUGAAACGUGUUCGUUUGGCUAAAGACAUGUGUUGCAUCUAUAAAAAUCCAGAUGAGAGAAUGCUUUUGAUGCCAUCGGAUUCCGAAGGCCUUUCUGGAGAGAAAUUGAAUGGAUUCAAUCAGCAUUGGAAUGAAUUCGUUUCUUCAAAUACAUUAAAGUCUCUGGAGAGUGUUUGUGAUUUCUUACACACCAAAAAUCUAGAUGAUGAUGAAUGCGCAAUGCAGGUACCUAGUUGACAGGCGUCAAGAAUGAGGUGAUUGAUGGAUUGUUAAGGCCUAUGAUUAAGUAAAGAAUGGAGCAAAUAAAAUUCGUUUUCGAUUUUCAUCACAUA